UUUUUUUAGAUAAUAAAUUACAGAAGGAACGACAAACUUUAAAGUAAAGCUGUAAGUAAAUCUUCACUUGUUAGAUCAGGGCGUAGAGCUAGCAUGACAGCAGCGUUAGCUGCAACAGACCCAACACGUAGUUUGAAAAGUAGCUUUCUGUUUUAUAACAAAUAUAUAUUUUUCAGAAAGACUGACAUGUUAAACUGGCUGUUUCAUAAAAGAUUUUUGCAAAUAAGCAUUAAACUGACUUAUUGCACUAUUUUUGUCAUUUUUAGCAAGCAUUUUAAAAAGUCAGAAAUAUUCAAAAUUGCUGGAAAAGACCAGUUUAAGCGUUGACUAAUAGCUGUAAUACAUUUCUAUCCAAUAGCUUGCAGCAUCAAGCUACUUUAGGUGGGAUUUUUUUGAUGCACUGUUCAGCCCAAAUAUACAAACUGCUUCUUUUCGAACAACUACAAACAAAACAUCAGCACUGAUGUGAGAACACAAUGACGUAACGGAUAACCUGCUUUUAUCACUGUUGUAGACGCCAUGGUGGUGGAGGACAUUGUUUUACACAGACAUGUUUAACAAUGAAAACAGUAAAAUAGGUUAAGGGUGUGGCUAUUUAAAAAGAACAAGAUCUCUGAGAUUACAGUUAAAAAUACUUUGCCUCAUUGUCUGACAUUGGGCUGUCAUUUUGAUGAUCGCUCUCCAGCUGGACAAACCAGUCGUCAAGAGGCUUCCUCUGCCAUGUUUUCUAGCUUCUCAGGUGUAAGACUUUCUGGACCACAGGUGAGGUUAUCUGAAACAUUAAAGAGACAACAGAACAAAAAGAGCUGCAGACAUGUCUGCCGACGUUCAGGCAGCCCAACCCCGGGCGUUCACCAUGACCUCUGCGUCCAAGCAGUGGUCCUCUGGCAUCUGUGACUGCUGCCAGGACCGCUCGCUCUGUUGCUACACCUGCUGGUGUUUUCCCUGCUUCGCCUGCCAGACGGCCAAGGAGGCUGGAGAGUGUCUCUGUCUCCCCCUGCUGGACGCUUUCGGACUCAUCCCGCCCAUGGCCACGGCACUCCGGGCGUCCGUCCGCCACAGAUACGGCAUCGAGGGAAGCGUUUGCAGCGACUGCGUGUAUGCGAGCUUCUGCGGGCCCUGCACCUGGUGUCAGAUAUCCAGAGAGAUUAAGACGAGACAAAACCCGGUGGUGUUUGUCAGCACGGCCAUCUGAUCAGAACUAAUGGUCCGCUCCCUCAUCAACAACCCGAGAAGCUGACGUCACAGCCGUGAUCACAGAGACGGCACCCAAAGAGUUGCCACGCUUGAUUGGAUUAAGAGAGAGGGUUAGGGUUUCCAGAAACAUCUGAUUGAACAUUGAGUAAAAAGGAACAAAGGAUGGAAAAUAGGGAAAUAUUUAACUAUCAGUCAUCCAUCCACACAUUUUUUUCUCUUGAUUGUAGAAAAUACUGAUUUCUUCCACACAUUUUCUUUUGUUUACCAUUUUUAUGUAAUGGUUGAACAAAUAUGCAUGUAUACCUGGAAAUAUAAGGCCUAUUCUAUGUCUUUUAAGUUAAAAAUAUUCAAUAUGCAACUGAAACAGUUUAUAUUUCCUAAUAAAGACUGGAAAAAAAUA